UCUGAGCAUCGUUUGGAGAAGAGGAGAGGAGAGAUAGAGACAGAGAGCUGUACCACACCAAGUGUCCGCCGAAUGUUUGCCUCUUCCCGCUGCCAAUGAACAAUCCUCGCAUUCCUAUGUGUGCCAGUUGACAUCCUGAACGCGAAGGACCAGGCUUCCACCUCUGCAAGGAUUCAGGACUCCUAUAAGCGGGUUGCGCGUUUUUUCAGGAGCACCUGACAUUUCCUGUGGCAGAUUUACUUACUGGAUCAUGGCACAGACCAACAGCGGUGGGCAGGGGACCAACGGGGUAGCGGAUGAGUCCCCCAACAUGAUAGUGUACAGAAAGAUGGAGGAAGUAAUAGCACGCAUGCAGGACGAGAAAAAUGGCAUCCCCAUCCGAACAGUGAAAAGUUUUCUAACCAAGAUCCCCAGUGUUUUUUCAGGUUCUGAUAUUGUACAGUGGAUGAUCAAGAACCUGGACAUUGAAGAUCAAGUGGAGGCUCUUCACCUAGGAACUCUGAUGGCUGCACAUGGUUACUUCUUCCCCAUCUCAGACCACGUCCUCACUCUCAAAGACGAUGGCACUUUCUAUAGGUUUCAGACUCCAUACUUUUGGCCAUCAAACUGCUGGGAACCAGAAAACACAGACUAUGCUGUUUACCUCUGCAAAAGAACAAUGCAAAAUAAAGCACGUCUGGAGCUUGCAGACUAUGAAGCGGAGAGCUUAGCAAGGCUACAGAGAGCUUUCGCCAGGAAAUGGGAGUUCAUUUUUAUGCAAGCAGAAGCACAAGCGAAAGUGGAUAAGAAAAGAGACAAAAUUGAGAGGAAAAUUCUCGACAGUCAGGAAAGAGCAUUCUGGGACGUGCACAGACCAGUGCCUGGAUGUGUGAAUACAACGGAAGUUGACAUAAAGAAGUCGUCCAGAAUGAAAAACCCCCACAAAACCAGAAAGUCUGUGUACGGGCUGCAGAAUGAUAUCCGUACCCACAGCCCGACUCACACCCCCGCCCCAGAGGCCAAGCAGCCUACAGAAGAAGAACUGCAAGAACAGAUCGCCUUUUGGCAAUUGCAAUUAGACAGGCAUCGACUGAAAAUGUCCAAAGUGGCAGAGAGUUUACUGGGCUACACAGAGCAGUACGUCGAAUACGACCCCUUCCUCACGCCUCCAGAUCCAUCCAACCCCUGGAUCUCAGAUGACACCACACUUUGGGAGCUUGAAGCCAGUAAGGAGCCAGGCCAGCAGAGGGUAAAGAGGUGGGCUUUCGGCAUUGAUGAGGUUUUCAAAGAUCCGGUGGGGAGAGAGCAGUUCCUCAAGUUCCUGGAGUCUGAGUUCAGCUCAGAGAAUCUCAGGUUCUGGCUAGCGGUCCAGGAACUAAAGAAGCGUCCCAUCAGAGAAGUUCCAACCCGGGUUCAGGAGAUCUGGCAGGAGUUUCUGGCCCCCGGAGCGCCCAGUGCCAUCAACGUGGACUCCAAGAGCUACGACAAAACCACCCAGAAUGUCAAAGAUCCUGGUCGCUACGCUUUUGAGGAUGCACAGGAACACAUCUACAAGUUGAUGAAGAGUGAUUCUUACAGCCGUUUCAUCCGCUCCAGUGCCUACCAGGAGUUAUUACAGGCCAAGAAGAAGAAAAGUAAGAAUUUGUUCUGAUGGCUCUUGCUUCCAGGGGAAACCACUAGCAUCCAAGAGGCUGACCAGUCGUGUGCCAUCAUGCUAAAAUCAAUGCCAUCUCUCUCUCUCUCUCUCUGGGACAUGGAGAGGGAGGGGACCAUCUCAUCUCUUCGCCAUCAUUGUCUGUCCAUCCGCUCUUGGCUCAGCCGGGCGAUGAGCCGGACCGUCUGUUCGUCUGUUGUCCACCGGAUGUUGCAUGUCCAUGGAGAGGAUGUUCCUUCUUCUCUCUCCUCUUACAGUACCUGAUAUAUUUCCAGUAUUCUCAGACAAGAGAGGCACUGCUGGAUUCGUGAGGACACUGACAGACUGGACGAAAUGAAAAAUGUCAUUGAUGGAAAUUAAAUCCAGCGUUCCAGUUCUUACCAUCGUAACUGCUGGGAUCGGAGCCCCCUCUCUCACUUCCAGCGGAAACAAAUGAUGUCAGAGAGAAAAAAAAAAAGAAAAGAAAAAAAAAA